AUGGACCUGCCGUCCCUACUGCUGUGUAUACUGCUGGAGUUACUGGCUGUGAAUUGUUCAGACAAUGCAGAGGAGCGAGUAGUGGGAGGAUACCCAACAGGCCCACAUACAAUGAAGUACAUGGUGUCGUUGCAGACCAAAGGCCGCCAGCACAUCUGCGGGGGCUCCUUGGUACACAAGUACUGGGUGCUCACAGCGGCGCACUGUAACAUCGGGGUCGACAACAUGAUGGUAGUAGCAGGAGACUACUCUCUGAGCGUCUAUGAGGGCUCAGAGCAGGAAAUCCUGCCCCAACUUCUGGUGCCCCACCCCGAGCACAACGCCCUCAACAACAACAAUGACAUUAUGCUUGUUAAGCUGAGGGCUCCGGUCUAUCUGAACAGCUACGUCUCCCUCAUUCUGCUGCCCAGGCAGGACGCCUCCAUAGCGGAGGGCCGGAUGUGUCGGGUGUCGGGCUGGGGAUACACCAGCGCCAGCGGAGGCCAGAUGCCCUCAACCCUCCGCACCGCCAAGAUCCCCGUCGUCUCCACAGAGAAGUGCAACAACACCGAGUCCUUCUCCGGCGCCAUCACAGAAAACAUGCUCUGUGCUGGUUACACCAAUGGUGGAAAAGAUGCCUGCAAGGGGGACUCCGGGGGUCCGCUGGUGUGUGAAGGGCGGCUCUACGGCGUGGUGUCCUGGGGGAGAGGGUGUGCCGAGCCCAUGUUUCCUGGAGUCUACACUGCCGUGUCCAAGUACCGCAGGUGGAUAGACAACACCAUCUCCAGCGACUACGGCCGGUGUGACAACAAUUAG